AUCGACGUAGACUUGUGUUUCCACAGCUCAUUUUCCACAAUGGAAUACGAUAUCCUGGACAUUUUGGAACAGCUCGGGUAUAAUGGGCCUUUGCUGAAUGAAGAGGUCCUUGCAAAAGCAUCCGAAGGCGGUUUGUCUUCACCCGAGUAUAUAGAUCUGUGCGUAUGGUUAACUUCUCGACUGAAACGCCUGUGCUGCUUAGAAGAAAAUCUGUCUGCCGACCCAGGUGACAUUGAUGGACUUCAGUUUGAGAUUAGCGGGUUGCUGAAAGAGCUGUCCUGCCCAUAUACAACUCUAGUCUCGGGGGAUGUGCAACAGAGACUAAAAAAUAAAGAUGACUGUCUAAAACUGAUCUUGUUUUUAAGUUCAGAGCUGCAGGCUGCACAGGUAAUGCAGACCAAGUCAGUUCAAGAGAGCACCAGCGUGGAACAGAACACAGCCUCUCCAGAUCUCAGGCUCAUCUGCAGAGUACUCGGUCUAUCUGAAUCAGAAUGUCUGGAUCCAGCCCAGUUAUUUUCCACCAUUGAAACCAAGAUAAGUAAUAUUCUUGAAAGAAUUCCAAAGGAGCACAUAGGCAAGCCAGUGUUGAAGUCCUCCAUCGGUGGCGAACAGUGGGAGGAGCUGGAGAAGAUCAACACGGUUCUGUCUUCCGAGUACGAGUGCCGAAGGAGGAUGCUAAUCAAGCGCCUGGACGUCACCGUUCAGUCCUUCAGCUGGUCAGAGAGAGCCAAGGACCAGAUAGACAGUAUGGCUAAAGUCUAUCAGCCAAAGAGACAUUCAUUGAAAAUUAAGACAUCAGUAAGCCUUGAACACCUGCUUGCUGCCAGAGAGGACAUUUGCAAUGUUGUGAAAACGAGCAGUGGCUCAAGUCGGGAGAAGACCACCUGUGCUAUUAACAAGAUCCUAAUGGGCAGGGUGCCCGAUCGAGGUGGACGCCCAUCGGAAAUCGAAGCCCCUCCCCCCGAGAUGCCCCCAUGGCAGAAGAGGCAGGAAGGAGGAGGGAGAGGCGGCGGGUGGGGUGGACGAGGAGGUGGGGGUGGUGGGAAGGGUGGCUGGGGGGGUCGAGAGGGAGGGGGGAAAGGUGGAUGGGGCAACGACGGAGGAGGGAAAGGUGGGUGGGGCCACCAGGGAGGGGGAAAAGGUGGCUGGGGCCACCAGGGAGGGGGGAAAGGUGGGUGGGGCCAUCAUGGAGGGGGAGGAAGUGGAUAUUAUAAGGGGAAGGGGGGAGAUUAUUAUUGAAGCAGUUUUUUUUCCAUUUUGAACAUGGAAUCGGAAAUGAGUAUUACACUUUGUCUCAGUAGAGGACAACUGAGAUUGCUGCCUCUGUAGGGGCAGGAAGUUAGGGCUUCCUUUGGUGUGUAGUUCAUAGACUAAUGAUGAAAGUUGCAAAUCAUGAAUUCCUUUUUCAGUAUUUAAAGUUUUUGAGUUUUUAGAUGAGUUUUGUGUGAAGUUACAGAGUGAAUAAAUUGGGACUACUCUAAUGACAAACAUCCUGACACAUUUUGAUCAUUUAGGCUUCACAUUUUUUUUUUUUAAGAUAAUGGCAUGCUUACUUUGUCCAGUUAUGAAAGUACAUUUCACAGGAUGUGGAAUUCUAUUUUUAAUUAUUGUUUUUUUUAAAAACAUGGCUCUUUUUUAGAACUAUUAGUUAACCAGUCUCAAAUAAAAACAGGUACUUAAAUAUUU